CUUAUUCAUCCUUCUUUCACAUUGCCUUCACAGCCAGACGCACGUUCUUCUCACGUACGUGCAAGUCAACUCCGAGCUCUUCAACGAAUUGCUCGAAGCGGCCGGCAGCAUGUCGCACCACUGCCACGACGAGCACGCCGGGCACGGCGGCCACGAUCACCACGAGCACGACCACGACCACUCGGACGACAUCACGCCGGCGCUGCAGUCGUCGCUAUACGAGCAGAUCAACUUUGACGAGAUCACGACGCUCAACGAGUCGCGCAGGGACGCGGGCAAGGCGGUGGUGAAGAAGACGUGGGCGGAGCGGCUGAGCUCCGAGCCGGAGCUGGAGAGCGAUGCGGACGAGCAGCUCCUCAUGACGGUGCCCUUCACCGAGCAGGUCAAGCUGCACUCCAUCCUGCUCCGCACAUCGCCGUCGCCCUCGGCGCCGCGCACGCUGCACCUGUACAUCAACCGGGCGGACCUGGACUUUUCGUCGGCCGAGGAGCUCGAGCCGGUGCAGAAGCUGGAGCUGUCGCAGACGUCGGACGUGCAGGAGAUCCCGGUGAAGCGCGCGCUCUUCGGCAAGGUGCAGCGGCUGGGGCUCUUCUUCGUGGACAACUUUGGCGACGGCGACGAGGACGUGUCGCGCGUGAGCUACGUCGGCUUCAAGGGCGAGUGGACGAGGCUCGGCCGCGCGCCGACCAACAUCCUGUACGAGGCGGCGCCGCAGCCCGGCGACCACAAGCUCAAGGGGACGAGCGUCAAUAAGAUGGGGAGCGACAUUGGCGGGGGUAGAGGGCCGGGGAUGUGAGGUGAGG